GGAAAAAGCUUUCACGGGUCGCUAGGCAGAAGUGCUCGCCGGCAGCCAAUCAGGUGGCCGGACCCGGGAGCCGAGGCUGACCGAGUGACAGCGUCAGAGUCCUGUGGAAAACAUCACGAGAGUCUCCGUUAGAGACCCUGCACCAUAACCGAGAUGCCGAACAAAAGCAAGAAAGAGAAGGAAGUGAGUAAAUGUGCCAAAAGCAGCCCGAAAAGUGCGGACGUCAACACCAACAAAGAUGUCUCCGCUGACCAAGCUGACGAGAGUAUCAGCAAGCGUCCCGGUGGCAGCGUGCCCCCGCCCACUCAGCUGCACAAGAUCAAAUAUUGUGGAGGUCCUCAAGUGGUGAAGAAGGAGCGUCGUCACAGUUCGUCUCGCUUCAGUGUCAGCAGGAACCGAGAACUGCAGAAGCUCCCUGCUCUCAAAGACGCUCCAGCAAUGGAUCGAGAGGAUCUCUUCCUGCAGAAGUUGCAGCAGUGCUGCGUGCUCUUUGACUUUGUGAGCGACCCGCUGAGCGACCUGAAGUUUAAAGAAGUCAAGCGAGCAGGACUCCUGGAGAUGGUGGACUACAUCACGCACAACACGGACGUGCUCAGCGAAUCCAUCUACCCCGAGGCCGUUGUCAUGUUUUCCAUCAACUUGUUCCGGACUCUUCCUCCGUCCUCCAACCCGACGGGAGCCGAGUUCGACCCCGAGGAGGACGAGCCGACGCUGGAGGCCGCCUGGCCACAUCUGCAGCUGGUUUACGAGUUCUUCCUUCGCCUGCUGGAGUCUCCAGACUUCCAACCCAACAUCGCCAAGAAGUACAUGGACCAAAACUUUGUUAUGUCGCUGCUGGAGCUGUUUGACAGCGAGGACCCUCGUGAAAGAGACUUCUUGAAGACCAUCCUGCACCGGAUCUACGGCAAGUUCCUGGGCCUGCGCGCGUACAUCCGUCGCCAGAUCAACAACAUCUUCUACAGGUUCAUCUACGAGACCGAGCAUCACAACGGCAUCGCUGAGCUGCUGGAGAUCCUGGGGAGUAUCAUCAACGGCUUUGCUCUGCCGCUCAAAGAAGAACACAAGAUGUUUCUGAUCCGAGUCCUGGUGCCGCUUCAUAAGGUCAAGUCCCUCAGCGUCUACCACCCACAGCUGGCGUACUGCGUGGUCCAGUUCCUGGAGAAGGACAGCAGCCUGACAGAACCAGUGAUCAUGGGGCUUCUGAAGUUCUGGCCCAAGACUCACAGUCCCAAGGAGGUGAUGUUCCUCAACGAGCUGGAGGAGAUACUGGACGUCAUCGAACCGGCCGAGUUCAUCAAGGUCCAGGAGCCGCUCUUCAGACAACUGGCCAAGUGUGUGUCCAGCCCCCACUUCCAGGUGGCGGAGCGUGCGCUCUACUACUGGAACAACGAGUACAUCAUGAGCCUGAUCAGCGACAACGCCGCCAACAUUCUUCCCAUCAUGUUUCCUGCGCUCUACAAGAACUCCAAGAGCCACUGGAACAAGACCAUCCACGGUCUCAUCUACAACGCCCUCAAACUUUUCAUGGAGAUGAACCAGAAGCUUUUUGACGACUGCACUCAACAGUACAAGAGCGACAAACACAAGGAAAAACACAAAGUGAAGGAGAGAGAAGAAGUCUGGUUGAAACUGGAAGAUCUGGCGAGACACAACCCUCAGAGCAAUAAACUCCUCCCUCUGCGACCCGGACUCCUCCCACAGGAAGCGCUGGCGUCGUGCUCAGCAAGUGUGGAGGCAGACGUUCCAACACUGGAGGACAUUCAACUGUUAAAGAAGACGGUGGAGAGCCAAGCAGUACUGGUUGUGAAAGACGCCAAGAAGGACAAGGUGGUGAUGAGGAGGAAGUCGGAACUUCCACAGGACGUUUACACCAUCAAAGCUCUGGAGGCGCACAAGAGGGCCGAGGAGUACCUGACAGCCAAUCAGGAGGCGCUCUGACUGAGGGAGGCGGUCCGAGACGCCGCCGCCAGCUUCCCGGCGUUAAGGUCGUCGCGGAGGAAGUCGACUCGAGCGCCAAGCCGCUAAGCUCCGCCCCCCUUGUGGCAGAGCCACUCGGCAAGCUACGAUACGUGCGAGGAUGCUAGGCCACGCCCACUUGCAGCCGUCUCUGUCCGGAGUCGACUUCAGGUGCGUCUGUGUGGUCACGUGACAUUGUUUCAAGUCGCAGAGACCAGGAUCACUUGUUAUUUCAACCUCACCCCACCAGGGGGCGGUCUCAGCACACCCCCUUGUGGCCGUGCGCUCUUACUACAACCGGCUGUCAAGUCGGCCACUAGGUGUCACAUGACCUCCACGUCAGAUCCUUGGAACACAAACAGCGGAGGUUCUGAAUCUGUUUUUUUUCCGCCACCGCAGCUCCAAUAAAAACAUCCAGAAUAUUGUACA